AUGAUGCUUAUUGCUCCUACAGACGUGCUCGUGCCCGACAACGCGGGAGCCGGUCUCGUCAAAUGGCAAUAUCAGCGUCGAACCCUGGUGCAAUACGCCUGCCUGUUCGCAGCAGGCCUCACGUCUUUCUACAAGUUCCAGUCGCCUGCUCUGCGAGCCGCUGGUCUGGGACUGCUGUUCCCGGGGGCUGGUCUCGUUGCCGUCUGCACUGUCCCUUCGAUUCUAUCAUUCGUGGUCUCCUGUGCUCUGAUCCCGUUGGUGCUCUUUGCCUGGUUUGGGAUGGGUGGAUUGGUUUUCCCCAUUGUGCUCUGGGUAGGCACCGCCGCUCUUUCAGCAGCGCUGGCCAAAGAAUCCGUCCUGGAACUCGCCGGUCCGUUGAUGUCGGCAGUAUGCAUCGGCGGGAUCGUCUAUAUUGCAUACUCGUGCCAGCGGGCGAAUGCUGAGAAGCGGAUGAAGCGAGCGACCCGCAACAACUAUCUCGUAGAGGAAGUCCAGAAGAAUCAAACACAGGCGGCCGCGGCGCCCGAGCCAGGUACGCGCGAAGUCGACGAGCAGACUCUCCGCUUCGUGCAAUGGUACUUGGAGCUCGGCCUGACGCCCAAGGACGAUUUCUCCUACCACGAUGUGAUCGACCAGUUUCAGACGUCGGCCAUUCGGUAUCAGCUGUACGAGGCUGUCAAUUGCCUGGGACUCUAUCAGAAUGUAUACUGCCCCAAUUUCCACGGCUAUUUGUCCCAGGCACAACGCAAUGCCAUCGAGAAGAGCUUCACGAAGAAGGUAAUGGAAUUCUGGAAGUGGGAGUCCAUGGCCGGCAAAUUCAACGCCCACGACUGGGAUCCAUGCAAGAAGGACAACAUCAUGGUGACGGGGUACAUUCUUCAAGCCGUCGGCAUUUAUCAAUCCAACACGGGCGACGACCGGUACACCAGGCCCGGCAGCAUGACCUUCGAGAUCACAGAUUCGCUCAAGUUCCCCUACGAUGUCAAGGGCAUCGCCGAUGCCGUCUACAGAAACAUGAACGAGGCGGCGUACUGUCUCUAUCCCUGCGAGCCGAACUGGCUUUACACCCCCUGCAACCUCGUUGGCAUCGGCGGCAUUACUCUCACCGACCGUCUCCUGGGAAACAAGUACGGCGAGGAACUACGAGGGCGAUUUGAGCAUGCCCUCGAGACCGAGUUCAGCGACCCUGACGGGACCAUCCUGCCGAUCCGCAGCGAACUCACAGGUUUCACAAUCCCUGGUCUCGCAGGAGCCAUGUCCGACAUGGUAAACUCGCUCCUCUGCGCCUCGUACCUUCCUCACAUUGCACACCGAAACUGGGCAUUUGCCAAGAGAGAAACGCUGCAGUACAACGAAAAGGGCCGGCUCGAGGUGCGCAACUUGAUGGGCGCCGACAUGCUGGAUGCGGGCAACUACAAGUCGGGCGAGGGCGCGAUCCGCUGCAUCUGCGCGACCGCGGCGGCCGAGUACGGCGACGAGACGCUCCGCCAGGAGCUCUUGCGCCAGGUCGAUGAGGAAUACCACCCGGUGUUCCCGACCAAGACCGCCGCGUUGAAGAACAAGGGCCUCAGCACACUCUGGCAGGGCACCACGCUGCGGGCCAGGCUGGGCCGAUUCCAGGACUGGACCAAGAUGAUCCAGCGCGGUCCUCCCCAGCACAUCUUGCAGGCUCCCAUCCUCGAUGAGGUGGCCUUCCCGGACGUCCUGGUUGCCAAGUGUUAUAGCCGGGACGGCGUGAGUGUGGAUCUCGUGCUGUACAAUGGUCGAGAACCUGGGGUGUUUGGUCUCGGCUUCAAGCAGUGUGAGCCCGGGCAGAAAUAUAGCCUGAUGGGGAAAGAGGCGGUCGCUGAGCAGGACGGCACGGUCAAGUUCAGUGUUAGGAUUGAUGGUCGCACAGAGGGAAAGUUGGAGCGUGUGAAGGCAAAUUGA